AUGCUCAGACUCUCCAGACUGCUUUCCAAGCGCUGGCUCUCCUCCUCCAAACCCGCUGGCUCCACAGCCGCGCAUUACUUCCCCCACGAACCAAAGGGCCCCCACUUGGCCACCGACUCCAUUCCUGGCCCCAAAUCCCAGGCGCUUAACGACGAGUUGGGCCAGGUUUUUGACAACAGAGCCACCUACUUUGUUUCUGACUACACCAACUCGGUGGGCAAUUACAUCAGCGAUGCUGACGGAAACCAGCUCUUGGACAUGUACUGCCAGAUCUCGUCCAUUCCUUUGGGGUACAGCAAUCCCGAGCUUCUCAAGGCCGCUCGUUCAGACGAAAUGGCAAACGCCUUGAUCAACAGACCAGCUUUGGCGUGCUUUCCAUCCACCGACUACAAGCAGAUCUUGCAGGACGGGAUCUUGGCAGCUGCGCCUCCGGGCCACAACAAGGUGUGGACAGCGUUGAGCGGGUCCGAUGCUAACGAGACGGCGUUCAAGGCUGCGUUCAUGUACCAGGCCGCUAUCAAGAGAGGGUCACGUGACUUCAGUGCUGAGGAGAUGGCUUCGGCCAUGGAGAACAAGGCGCCAGGCUGCUCGGACGGCGUGAUCUUGUCGUUCGACAAGGGCUUCCACGGACGGUUGUUUGGGUCGUUGUCGACCACGCGUUCGAAAGCCAUCCACAAGUUGGACAUUCCUGCGUUCCCAUGGCCCAAGGCUCCGUUCCCAGCGUUGAAGUACCCUUUGAGCGAAAACGUGCAGGCCAACCAGGCCGAGGAGCAACGCUGCUUGGACGCGUUCGAGUCCAUCAUCGAGUCGUACCCUCCCCACACCGUGGCUGCAAUCAUUGUUGAGCCUGUCCAGGCCGAAGGAGGCGACAACCACGCGUCUGCUGCUUUCUUCCAGGGAAUCAGAGACAUCACCUUGAAGCACAAGGUGUUGAUGAUCGUGGACGAGGUCCAGACCGGUGUGGGUGCCUCCGGAAAGUUCUGGGCCCACGAGCACUGGAACUUGACCACUCCUCCCGACAUGGUGACAUUUUCCAAGAAGUUCCAAGCUGCUGGCUUCUACUUCCACGACAAGAACUUGCAGCCCAACCAGCCCUACAGACAGUUCAACACCUGGUGUGGAGACCCUUCCAAGGCCAUCAUUGCCAAGACCAUCUACCAAGAAGUGGUCAAGCACGGAUUGGUGGAGAAGACCGCUGCCACCGGAGCUUACCUCUACCCCCAAUUGCAAGCUGUCUUGGACAAGCACCCCGACAAGGUGCUGAACUUGCGUGGUGAGAACUUCGGUACGUUUAUCGCCUGGGACUUUGUGGACGCUGGCGCCAGAAACAAGUUGUUGGCGGAGAUGCGUGCACGCGGAGUGAACGUGGGUGGCUGCGGAGACGUUUCCGCUAGAUUGAGACCUACGUUGGUCUUCGAGAACAGCCACGCCGACGUGUUUUUGGGAGCAUUAGAGGACUCAUUGAAGGCUUUAUAG